AUGGAAGAAAACGAGAAGCUUUCGGAUAUUUGCGCUCAAAAUAGUGUCAAAGAUAUAGAUAUCGACGAAACGACUGUUUAUUAUGAGGAACAGCCGGAAGAAGACGACACAAACUUUGUGGUCGUCUCCACUUUGAACCAAUCGGCGAUUAUCCACUAUUUCUACGAUAGCGUCGCGAAUGUCAACCAAACAAAUAAAAAUCUGGAGACACCCCUACACGUGGCCGCCCGUUACGGGCACGUGGAGGCCGUCGAGCAGUUGUGCAAAUGCGGGGCUAAUGUGGACGCCGUCGAUGAGCACGGGGAGACAGCUAUGUUAAUCGCCGUUUGGCACGGCUUUCCUAAAAUAGUGCAUAUUUUGGGCGAAGUGGGCGCUCACACAGACAUCAACAAUAAGGAGGGCGAGACGGCUCUUCACGUGGCGUCGGCGAGGGGUCACUCGGAGUGCGUCCGCUGUCUCUUAGAGGCCGGCGCUCGCACUGACGUCAGGAAUAAGAACACUUACACUCCUUUACACUUAUCAUUGAAACGA